AUGACGAUGACUGUGCUAUCGUUAGCAAUAAUCGCUCUGUUUCAUGGCUUUAAAGCUGCAAGCUCUCUUUCGACCAUAUUAUCAUGCACUUUAACGGCAGCAGAGCAAAAUGAAAUCACAAGAUGGUCGCUGUUAUCAAAGCUGACCCUUUCACGGGAUUCGCAAGCAGCGGCAGUAUUUGCAAACAAAGUUUGGGUUGUCGGUGGCGUGUCAGCUUCAUAUUACACAAAACAAUUGAAGUACACAUCCAUGCGCUCGGAUGUGAUUUAUUCAAAUGAUGGGGUGACGUGGACAGAAGCGCUGGAGGAAGCUCCGUUUCGACGACGCUAUGGACAUUCUUUGACCGCCUUUAUUGACUCAAAAGACAAAUUGGAGCGUCUUACGCUACUCGGAGGCUUUUCACCAGAACCAGCGGCCGAUAUCUGGGUGACUACUGAUGGAGUUUUGUGGAAAGAAGCUACUGCAGAGGCUCCCUGGACAGGUAGAGGCUAUCAUUGCUCGGUUGUCUUUGCUGGAAAUUUCUGGGUGCUUGGUGGGAGUCCAUUUAACAAUGAAGUUUGGUUUACAUCUUCAAUUCUUGAUGGAUCAUGGAAACAACAGGUAAAUGUGCCUUGGUCACCGAGAGCUGCUCACGCGUGCGCUGCACACGAGGUCAUGACAAAUGCUACAGCAGGCGAUCCAUCCCGAGUUGAAUAUCUAUUUUUGAUGGGUGGUUGGCGUGAUACCAGUCUACACGAUGUAUGGCAAAUGAAUGCUGGUGGAUUUUGGAAAGUUCUCGUUGAAGCAGCACCUUGGGACGCCCGAGCCUGGUUUUCUCUUGUAUCCUUUGACUCCAGAACAAGUAGUGAUGUCCAGCUUGGACCAAGACUGUGGGUUAUUGGUGGAGGCAUUGUUGGAAAUGGUAUUGAGAAAAUGUAUCCAUUCUCGGAUGCGUGGUAUACGCGCGACGGCGUUGAGUGGGUAGCGGCAAGCUCGAGUUCAUCUGGCAUUUCAACUGCAGAAUGGAGUAUGGUAACUCAAACUAAUGCACAAGUAUGUUUUGGAAAGUGGGGACAUUCGAUUGUACCAUUUUUUCGUACAGUCACGCGAGCUUACUAUUGUCACGAGUCGUGUAUGAAUGAAGCUGGAACGAUUAGCCUUGCAAAUCAGCUCAUUCCAGUGUGUAACCCCAGUGCACAUUUGCCCGAGAUUCCAGCCCAACAUACAUUAUUGAUCAAUAACUCUUUGAUUACAAAGACACUCUACCCGGAUGAAUGUGGUCUGUGCAAAACAGACCUCAACGCUAGAUACCGUAAUAGCACUGGUGUACCCACGCUUCUUCUUAUAGCAGGAAAUGUCGGCGUCCAGAAAGUAAACGAUGUCUUUCAAAGCAGCGAUGGGAUGCUGUGUGAGCGAGAAGGCGAGAUUUGCUCUGGCGCAGGUGUGUGCGUACAAGGCGGUACUUGCCGGUGCAACACUGGAAAAUCUGGAGCAUUCUGUGAUAGCGAACUGGGCUAUACAGUCAUUGAAUCGACGAAUUGCUUCCCCGAUUCGGCUAUGGUUAUGGUCUCCGACGGGAAAACCAAACGCAUGGAAGACGUGAAGGUCGGAGACUCGGUACUUGCGAUGGAUGAGAUUGGAAAUGUUGUGUACUCAAGAGUCUAUUACAUCCCGCACGAAAGCUAUCGAACUCUCGAGACUGAGUACAUCAGCGUUAGCCAUGAAGGCAUGGAGCAACAACAGGUACAGUGGUAUUUGGAAUCGGAUCAGUCUGCAUUGUUUGCAAGAACAAUUGUGAUGCAUGUAAUCUGCUUGUGCUUGCAGGAAUCGCUUCAAAUCACCCCGAAUCAUCUUGUGUAUUACAUAGAUUCUGGGAUAGAACCGAAGAACACAAGCUUCAAGUAUGGGCCCAGAUUACAUCACGGACCAAUAGCGAGUUUAGCACAGAAACCAGCAAGUGAGUUGCAAGUGAACGACGUGCUCUUGACAUUCACAUCAGGACUUCGAUCUUGCCCAUCCAGAAAUACAACAUCAAAAAUACUAUCUAGGAGCAGUACAAGCUUUGCCAAUGAAAGUUUUUGCGAGGUCGAUAUCCUGAAUGGGGUUACGUUUGCACAAAUUACUAAAUUAACCCGCGUCAAGCAUCGUAGUGCCAAGACCGUGUACACUAUGACGGGCAAUAUGUUUGUGGCGGGUAUAUUAUGUAGUAACUUCGGUGAUUAUUACCCAACGAUUCCAGGUCAACAAAUGCGAGAUUUUAUAGCUCAUAAGCUUUUUGCGCCGCAUCGGUUGGCCUUCAGAAUAUUCCCAUCCCCUCGCACGGCCGCACUUUUACGUGUGUUUAUGGACCAGCUGGUGCUACCGAUUUUAAGAUGGCUGUGUUUGCUGAUCCGCUGA